UUAAACUUUGAUAAGCUACGAUAUUUCCAUUUGUUUAAAUUUGAAACAAGCUUUCACCCCUAUUUAAAAGUCACACAAAUUAAUCCACCCACGACCCUCUCUCAAGUAUUAUUAUUUAUAUGCCCAUAAUUUUGGAGAAUUACUCGUCAUUCUCACUCACUCUUUAGAAUCACCAAGUUCUAACCAUUCUCUCAACCUCACCAAGUCCUACUAACCAUUCUCUCAACCUCCAAAAGAUGUGGAAGCUUCACUGCAUGAUCAUUUGCUUAAUGGCUGCAUGCCUUCUUGCAAGCAGCUUCAAUGUUUCAUUCACUGAAGUUGCUAACGCAACUCAAAGACGAGCAGUGUGUAUGGACGGCUCACCGGCUGGCUAUUAUUACUCUGCCGGGUCAGGAGACGGGGCCAAGAAUUGGCUCCUCUUUCUCAUGGGAGGUGGAUGGUGUGAUAACGUUGAUGAUUGCCAAAGCAAACUGAAUCAAUCUUUAGGCAGUAGCAAAUUCAUGCCAUCUAAAACAUUCUCAGAAGUUCUUAGCCCAAACAGCCAAAUCAACCCGGAUUUCUAUAAUUGGAAUAGGAUUUUCGUGGCCUAUUGUGACCAAUCAUCAUUCCUCGGUGACACCGAGUUUGAUGGCCAAGGACCGAGACUUCAAUUUCGAGGAUCCAGGAUUUUUGAUGCGGUUGUUGACGACCUUUUGGCUAAAGGGAUGGGCGUCGGAGAGAAUGCUAUUCUUUCCGGUAUAUCGGCAGGGGGGCUUGCGACUAUCUUACAUUGUGACGGCUUUCGAGCACGUCUCCCCGAUGUGGGCAGAGUGAAAUGCCUCUCGGAUGGGGGAUUUUUCUUUCGAGGAGAGAAUGUCCUUAAUGCCGACUACAGAGAGAAAUAUUUUGCCUCCGUAAUUACGCUCCAUAAUAUAUCCAGCCUCCUUCCCGUGACAUGCACUGAGAGAAUAGAUCCGAGUUUGUGUUUCUUCCCCGAAAAUCUAGUCAGAGACAUUCAAACUCCAAUCUUUAUAUUGGAUAGUGCAUUUGAUGCAUAUCAGGUGAGAUUCCGUUUGGUACCUCCAAGUUCUUAUGACCGCAUAAGAUGGGAUUUGUGCUUGGGGAAUAUCAGUACUUGUACAAGUACGGAUAAACAAUUAAUAACUGAUUUUGGGGGCGCAUUUUUAAAAGCUGUUAGAGAGAUCUCAAAUAAUCCAACAAUAGGCAUGUUUAUACAUGCAUGCCUCAUUCACACUGUCUUAAUUGAUGGACGUUUUUGGACCCCCAAUUCAACGAUCAAAUUGGGAAAUUUGAGCAUACAAGAGGCCUUUGCAAAUUGGUACUUUGACAGAGAACCAGUUACACUUAUUACUACUGCUAAUUUUUUAGAGAUAUGUACUAAGAAAAAAAAUGUUAUGAUCCAAUGAAUUAUGCAAUAUGCUCAGUUUUCUAUAAA